UAAAAAGUAAAGCACACACUGCAAACAUAACUAGCUAGGGAUAGAAAUAACAAAUUUGGAGAAUGGCACAACUUUUUGUGAAGCAGGCAAAACAAUAUUCAGAGGGAAGGCCAUCAUACCCACAAGAGCUUUUCCAUUUCAUUGCCUCUAAAACUCCAUCUCAUGACCUUGCGUGGGAUGUCGGCACUGGUAGUGGCCAAGCUGCCAAAUCACUAGCAACGAUAUACAAGAGUAUGGUUGCCACGGACACGAGCCAGCAGCAACUGGAGUACGCAGCAAAGCUUCCCAACGUGCGAUACGAGCGCACCCCUCCCAAGAUGUCGACGGCGGAGCUGGAAGCCUUAGUGGGAAAGGAAUCCACGUUCGAUCUGGUCACCGUAGCGCAAGCAAUGCACUGGUUCGAUCUGCCGGCGUUUUACCAGCAGGCAAAACGGCUCCUCAAGAAACCCGACGGGGUAAUCGCCGCGUGGUGCUACACGCUGGCCCAAGUCAACGAAGCCGUGGACGCCUUGCUGCGCAACCUCUACUUCGUGGACCUCGACCCCUACUGGGAAUCGCCGAAGAAGCUGGUGGACGAUGAGUACAGGAGCAUCGAGUUCCCGUUCGAGGCGGUGGAAGGGUGCGCGGGUACUGGGCCGUUCGAGUUCACGGCGGAGCGAGUGAUGGAUUUGGACGGGUAUUUGACGUGGUUGAGGUCGUGGUCGGCGUACCAGACCGCCAAGCAUAAGGGUGUGGAGGUGCUGGGCGAGGAUAUUGUGGAGAGAUUCAGAGAUGCUUGGAAUGGAGAUGGGGGUGGUCAGAAACGUGUCACUUUCCCUGUUUUUCUGAGGAUUGGAAAGGUGGGGAAUGAUUCCUAAUUUGUGUCUAGUCCCAACGUCCCGACCUGACAGGAUUUGUGGAUCAUAAUAUAAUGUGUUGCAUGUUAAACCUAUGAAUAAAAGAUAUGAAUAAGUCUUAGGCUCAAGAGGAAGAUUUACAUACAUUGUGGUCUGUGGAUAUGCUGCGUCAGGCGUCAGCAUCAUCUCCCUGCUGUGGGCAACAAAGACUCACGUGUAGAUCAGAUUUCUUGAUCAUUAUUGGCUAUUUGAUGUUUUGUAAUAUUAUAAUAAAUUAUAUAUUCAUAGUUUUUAUAAUUAAAAAAAAUUAUUACAUUUA